UUACUGCUCUGACUUGCUUUUUGCUGCCUUUCUCAUCUCCUCCUCUCUCUGUGCUUAGCUCCUUACUUUCUGAAAGUCUUCCAAAUAUGGAGGCUAAUCAACCUGUACCAAUCUCAGCAGAACAACAGUCAACACCUCCUACAGACAAUUGUUCAUCAUUACUCAGUCAAAAUGGCCUGGAGACUCCAGAUGGCCAACAUUCCCUAACUCCACUCCAAGCACCAGCAAAAGAGGCAGGUGUGCAGCCUGAAAAAGGAGUUCAUGAUAUCUCUGAAGAGUUGAAUCGACAACUGGAGGACAUCAUAAACACCUACGGGUCGACCGUGGGCACAGCAGGGAAAGAGGGUGCUGUCAAAGCCAAGGAGCAGCCCGAGAAUGCCGAAUCCCCCAAUAACGAGGAUGGAGAUGGUGAGGAGAACACGGAGGAGCCCGAAAGAGAACCCGCUGCUCCGGGGGAGCCAUCUGCAGCCAAAGAGCCUGUCAGCAAUAAAGAGCAGAAGCUGGAAAAGAAAAUCCUGAAAGGAUUAGGCAAAGAAGCCAACCUCCUAAUGCAAAAUCUGAACAAGUUGCACACCCCUGAAGAAAAGCUGGAUGUUUUAUUCAAGAAGUAUGCUGAAUUGGUGGAAGAGCAUCGGACUGAGCAAAAGAAGUUAAAACUCCUCCAAAAGAAACAGGUGCAAGUCCUGAAAGAGAAGGACCAGUUACAGAGUGAGCACAGCCGAGCUAUUCUCGCUCGCAGCAAACUGGAGGGUCUGUGCCGGGAGCUGCAGAGACACAACAAGACUCUGAAGGAGGAAACCCUUCAGCGGGCGCGAGACGAGGAGGAGAAGAGGAAAGAGAUUACGAGUCAUUUCCAGAGCACCCUGACCGACAUCCAGGCCCAGAUUGAGCAGCAGAGCGAGCGGAACAUGAAACUCUGUGAGGAGAACACAGAGCUCGCGGAGAAACUCAAAAGCAUCAUCGAUCAGUAUGAGCUCAGGGAGGAGCAUCUGGACAAAAUAUUUAAACACAGAGAACUGCAGCAGAAGCUGGUGGACGCCAAACUUGAGCAGGCGCAAGAAAUGAUGAAGGAAGCAGAGGAGCGGCACAGUCGAGAGAAGGAAUAUCUCCUGAACCAGGCGGCAGAGUGGAAGCUUCAGGCCAAAGUGCUGAAGGAACAGGAGACAGUCCUUCAAGCCCAGCUGACGCUCUACUCCGGAAGGUUUGAAGAGUUCCAGAGCACACUGACUAAAAGCAAUGAGGUGUUUGCCACUUUCAAACAGGAAAUGGACAAAACAACCAAGAAAAUGAAGAAGCUGGAAAAGGACACAGCCACAUGGAAAGCCCGAUUUGAGAACUGCAACAAAGCCCUGUUGGACAUGAUUGAAGAGAAAGCCCUGAGAGCGAAAGAAUACGAGUGCUUCGUGAUGAAAAUUGGGAGACUGGAGAAUCUCUGUCGAGCAUUACAAGAAGAGAGAAAUGAACUCUAUAAAAAAAUAAGAGAAGCAAAAAUGCCUGAAAAGGAAGACCAGAGUCACCAGCCCUCAGAUGAGGAGCCAGAUCCAAGUGUGUCUUUGCAUGAAGAGGUCAAUACAGAGGAGGCCAAGAGUGUCCACGAGGCUGUGAAAAACCUGGCGGCAGCCUUCAUGGUAAUUCACCAUCAAGAGUCUGCUCUGGACCAAGCCAGAGAAACCCAACCAGAACCAAGCAGGUUGCAAGAAGGCACUGACACAGUCACCGAGGAACCAGAACAACCCUCUCUGUUCCCUUCAUUAGAACCAAAGAAUUCCCUGCCUUCCCCAGCUCCCCAGGCCCAGGCUGAAGGAGACAGUGAGGCAGAACUCCCCAAAACCAUUGGUCCUCAAGGGGGGUUGGGAGCAGAGACCUGUUGUGAGGGCCUUCCUGCUAGGGCAGAGUUUGAUCAGCAACCCCAGAAGUCAGAGGGAGAAACUUCCGGUCAAACCCUCCAACCUCCUGCCCAAGACGCCCCACCAGUAAUGGAGACAAAAGGUCCAGCACUCACAGCAGGUGAGGGAGUUUUCGCUGGAGUACCGGAAUGUAAGGCCAGUACACAGCCCCCACCAUUAGAAGCUGGAGGGCUGCCACUAGGGUCUUCAGCAGGCCCCCAGCCGCCUAGGGCGGCUGACCUCAACAUCGAGGGAGUAGACUAA